CAUGCGCAUGGCUGGCGUGAGGAUGGUGACCCGAAGCCGAAGCCGGAGCCGGAGCCGGAGCUCGGGGGCCGGGCCGCGGGGGGCGGGGGAGGAGGCCGCGCCGGUGCGGAAGGGAGAGGCGAAUGCAGAAGGAAGGAAAAACCAUGGUCCCGCAAAGCGCCAGCGGAAGACGCAGAAACUGAGUGUCGCCUACGAAGCCUCAGAUGAUGAGAAAGGAGAAGGCGCCAAACCCCCAGAGGCACCAGGCUGGGAGCCCCCGGACUGGCAGCAGCAGCUGGUGAACAUCCGCACCAUGAGGAGCGGGAAGGACGCACCUGUGGACCAGCUGGGUGCUGAGCACUGCUAUGACCCCAGUGCACCCCCAAAGGUGCGGAGAUACCAGGUGCUGCUGUCCCUGAUGCUCUCCAGCCAAACCAAAGACCAGGUGACAGCAGGCGCCAUGCAGCGGCUGCGAGCUCGGGGCCUGACGGUGGACAGCGUCCUGCAGACGGAUGACAGCACGCUGGGCGCGCUCAUCUAUCCCGUAGGCUUCUGGAGGAGCAAGGUGAAAUUCAUCAAGCAGACCAGUGCCAUCUUGCAGCAGCGUUAUGGCGGGGACAUCCCGUCUUCAGUGGCAGAGCUGGUGGCACUGCCAGGCGUUGGGCCCAAGAUGGCGCACUUGGCUAUGGCGGUGGCCUGGGGCGCCGUGUCUGGCAUCGCGGUGGACACGCACGUGCACAGAAUCGCCAACAGACUCGGGUGGACCAAGACGGCGACCAAGUCCCCGGAGAAGACCCGUGCGGCGCUGGAGGCCUGGCUGCCCCGGGAGCUUUGGAGUGAGAUCAACGGACUGUUGGUGGGCUUCGGCCAGCAGACAUGUCUGCCCGUCCGCCCGCGUUGCCAGGCCUGCCUCAACCGAAGCCUGUGCCCAGCUGCACGGAACCUCGGCGGGCCGUGAAGCCUGGGCCUGGAUGCCAUGCACCAGCCGACCGUGAGCCUUUGCUGGGGGAGCCAUAGCCUGUUUUCU